AUGAAGGCCUACCUGUACGACAACUUGCCAGGCGAUCAGCGCCUACCACAUGACUCGGGUAAGGCUGUCGAUGCCGAAGCCCUCGAGCGUCUCGGCGUGAUCUAUCACCGCGUUCCAGAUAUUGCGGCUGUUGACCAGCUCGCAGCCGAGCGGGGCUACAAAAACCGCGACGAGAUUAAAAUCUCGCCCCAGUCGCUCGGUGACGCCUACGAUACCAAGGUAAAGAGCUUCUUUAACGAGCAUCUGCACGAGGACGAGGAGAUCCGCUAUAUUCGCGAUGGAUACGGCUACUUUGACGUGCGUAACAAAGGCGACGCGUGGGUGCGCAUCCAGCUCGAGAAGGACGACCUGAUCAUCUUGCCGCCUGGCAUCUACCAUCGCUUCACUACCGACGAUACGAACUUCACGCAUGCCAUGCGGCUCUUCAAAGACGAGCCCAAGUGGACACCACUUAACCGCAGCAGUGAGGUCGAUGAGAACGAGCAGCGCAAGAGCUAUGCCUCCCAGUACCUUAACUGA